UUGAGUGCAAGUCGGUGGAGUCACAUAUUAAAUCACAGACUUCACUGCUCAUCUGAGGACUGUGACUUGACGUCCAGCUUCUUCUUCUUUUUUUUUUAAUUUUGUAAUUUUUUUCUGUUCGGGCGGUUAAUGUCGCUGCACAUUUUUGACGUGCAGCCACAACAGGUUGACCGAUUAAAUCCAGCCACUAUGGAUUAUUCCUCUUCAUCUCCAGUCGAUUGCCACUGACGGGAUCGUAAUGGGCACCGUCGAGAGAUCAGUGUUGAUUGAGGAAGAAACGAACUGAUCAUAACCAAGUGGAGCGGAGACGGAGGCAACAUCUGUGGGGGGAGCGACGCACAAUUUCGAGAGACAAGCGAGGGGACCUGUGGAGGGACCUGUAUGCAAGGAGGCGAAGCGAAAAGAUGAUGGGAUGGCCGUGGCAACAUGAAAAAGAAAAAGUGCGGUGGUCUAUUUUCAUCCAGCCAGUGAUUCAACACAACUAACCUGGGGGACAGGGACUGAGAGAGAAGAGGUAGGAGACAGGUGCGUGGCCACAGCCGUGACCAUGGAGCCUCCCCCCUCUCUGAGCUUGGCUCUGCUAGGAGGGAGCGAGGAUGAGGACCAGCGCUUCCUCCUUCCCCUGGGCAGCAUAUCCCAUCCCUCCACCACUGGCAACCAGCCAGGAUCAAACCACUCCAAUCACAUGGGAGGAUCAAGCCUCGACCGCCUAAAUGGCAGCACCCCGUCCCCAUCCACUGCCACGCCCAACUUGCCUCCAGCAUCACUCCCCAAGUUGCCCCUGUCAUCCUCUGGAGCUCAGCCUUUGCCCCCGCCCAUCCCCAACGCCCUGCAUCCCACCAGCACCCCGCUCUCCUCGUGCUUGGGCUCGCAGCACAGCCUGAGCGGGGACAACUCUCCGGUCUACAACGCCCUCUUUUACUCCUCCCACUCGCCCUCCAUGGAGCGGGAGAGGGACAGAGAGCGUGAGAGGGACAGGGAGCGAGAGCGAGAGCGAGAUCGAGAUAGAGGCUGUAAACACAGACAGGCCAGCCCUCUGGUUCACCGUAGGGACAGUAACCCCUUCACGGAGAUCGCCAUGAGCUCCUGUAAGUACACAGGCGGGGUCAUGAAGCCCCUGAGCCGCCUCAGCGCCUCCCGCAGAAACCUCAUCGAAUCAGACAGCAGCAGCGAAACCAAAGAGGUUGGCGUUUCAGCUGUUGCCGGGGCAACGGCAGCAGGGGGGCAUGACCGACAGCGAGAAGCCCCUCCCACCUCCUCGUUGUCCCAGUCCUCUACCAAUCAACCCCCAAUACAGAGCCCGCCAGAGAUUGUGAUUUCAUCCAAAGAAGACUCGCCGUACCCCCGAGCGGGGUAUGACAUCACAGACUCCACAUCCAACCAGAUGUCCAUCUACCACCAGAACCACGCGCUGGUGGAGAGCAGGCGGGCGCAGCCGGGGCGGGGGAGCAGGCAGGGAGGGGUCGGGGCGGUGGGCACCGGGCCAAGGGGCAGCACCUCCAAGGCCCCCAAACGGAAGAACCAAAACAUUGGCUAUAAACUGGGGCAUCGACGGGCGCUGUUCGAGAAGAGGAAGAGGCUGAGUGACUAUGCGCUCAUCUUCGGGAUGUUUGGCAUUGUCGUCAUGGUGAUUGAGACGGAGCUGUCGUGGGGCGUUUACACCAAGAGCUCCAUGUAUUCUCUGGCCCUGAAGUGUCUGAUCAGCCUGUCCACAGUCAUACUGCUGGGCCUCAUCAUAGCCUACCAUGCACGGGAAGUUCAGCUGUUUGUCAUCGACAACGGAGCUGACGACUGGCGCAUCGCCAUGACGAUGGAGAGGGUGUUGCUGAUCGCACUGGAGCUGCUGGUUUCUGCGGUGCACCCAGUGCCAGGGGACUUUAAGUUUCAGUGGCGGGCGCGGCUGGCCUUCUCGUACGCCCCGUCGCAGGCCGAGGCCGACCUGGACAUGGUGCUGAGUGUGCCCAUGUUCCUGCGCCUCUACCUCAUCGCCAGAGUCAUGCUUCUUCACAGCAAACUCUUCACUGACGCCUCCUCCAGGAGUAUAGGUGCCCUAAAUAAGGUGCAUUUUAACACUCGGUUUGUAAUGAAAACCCUCAUGACCAUCUGCCCCGGGACGGUGCUGCUGGUCUUCAGCAUCUCUCUGUGGAUCAUCGCUGCCUGGACCGUACGAGUGUGCGAGAGGUAUCACGAUGCCCAGGAUGUGACCAGUAACUUCCUGGGAGCCAUGUGGCUUAUCUCCAUCACCUUUUUGUCCAUCGGCUAUGGAGACAUGGUUCCUCACACCUACUGUGGCAAAGGAGUCUGUCUGCUCACAGGAAUCAUGGGUGCAGGCUGUACAGCUCUGGUGGUUGCCGUGGUAGCCAGGAAGCUGGAGCUGACCAAGGCCGAGAAACACGUACACAACUUCAUGAUGGACACGCAGCUCACCAAGAGGAUAAAGAACGCAGCGGCUAACGUGCUGAGGGAAACCUGGCUCAUCUACAAACACACCAAGCUGAUGAAGAAGAUCGACCACUCCAGAGUCCGCAAACACCAGCGGAAGUUCCUCCAGGCUAUACAUCAAUUACGCAGUGUGAAAAUGGAGCAGAGGAAACUCAGUGAUCAGGCCAACACACUAGUAGACCUCUCAAAGAUGCAGAGUGUCAUGUAUGAGCUCAUGUCAGAGCUCAACGACCGCAGCGAGGACUUGGAGCGCCAGAUGCUGUCCCUGGAGCAGCGGGUGGAGCAGCUCACCGCCGGCUUCAACACCCUGCCUGCCCACCUCUCGGCCACCCUCAGCGCGCAGCACGCCGCCCUGGUCCACUUGCUUCGGGAGAGGGAUGCGAGGGACGGUAGAGGAGGUGGUGGUGGAGGAGGGGGAGGUGCUAUGGUCCCACUGUCUCCAGCUGCGUCUUUAGCCACUGCUUCAGCUUCAAUUUCUCCAGUCCAGGUCGCAUCUCCAGCACCACCCCCAUCCCAAGUCCCCACGUUGGCCUUGGAGUCCCCUCUGUCGCCCCCACCUUUGAGCCCAGAGGGGAGCCUGGAGGCUAGUCCCAACCCCAACACCUGCACUUCUAGCUGCUGAAGACAGCUGUGAGGACCAGGACAGGACAUAUGUGGAGGGAAAACAGGGAGAGAGGAGGGGGAGAGGGGGGGAUGUGCCAGUCCUCUCAGUUCAGACUAUAGGAGAGGAACAAGCAGGGAGGAGGAGAGAGAUGGGAGGUGAUCCUCUGAAACUAACGCUCCAUGAGGGAGAGAUGAAGACGGGACUAUGAGGAGAAGUAAUAGGAUUAAGAUGGAGGGCCGGUAUGAAUGAUGAGACAUGUUAGGGACUUUGGGGCGCCUUCCUUGACGAGGGAAGGAGAAGAAAAAUGGAGAAAAAAUGGAGACUCUAAAAUGUGUAAGGGGAGGGAGAAUGUCAAGAGGGUGAGAAAUGGAGGUAGAGAGGAUGAGGAGGGGGAAGGAGAGAGGAGGAGAAAUAACGAGGAAUAAUUAUAUGAACUCAGAGCUCCUAAAUGGAAUCCACUCCAAUUACUGAAAAAGGGCCUUUUAUUCUCUCUCUGUCUCUCUCUAUCUCUCUCUUUCUUCUUUUCUCCCCUUCUUUCCUUCCCUCUCUCCCAAUCUUUCUCUCCCUUCAUCAGGAAUUAAUGACCAUGACUUUUUAUCCUUAUGAUGUAUUUUCUAUCUGAAUGCUAAUUGUGUGUUAACGAGCAUCCCUUUAACAGAAGGUUCGAUCAAUACGACCAUGAUAUUAAAAAAAAAAAAAAAAAACUAGUGGCAUGCACUGCACACACACAGACACACAAACACACACACACACAAAACGUAUACCGACGCAUCCUCCACGCAAUACAAGUUAACUCAGCACAAACAUAAAUACACAAUCUUUCACAAUGCAGGCCCUAUUUACACUCACACAAAGAAACUGUGUGCAGUAGCCCACAAGAUAAUACUUAAGCCUAUACUGCCAAGCACUCAAUGCACUGUCAAUCUCCACAGAGCACUGCCAAGCAAUGUAGACACACUGUAAAAAAUGUUCAUCCAAACGACUUAUCUUUUGUGGGUGUGAGCUAAUGCAGUAGUUUAGACUUACAAUGCAUAGUUGUGACAUUUUGACUACUCAGCUGGGAGAAUCGUAACCCUUCACUGAACUACACGAAUUACAGAUGUAGUCGAAGUAAGUUGGUACGACACCGAGGAACAUGAGUCACCGCAGCAUCUGUUUGUGACGAGGAAGACAGUCGCAGAUGAUAGAAUAACCCCGACACAACUGCAACAGGACUUUAUUACUGCAUUUCUUGGAUUAGAUGGAGCUGGACUGAUGUUUAAGUGCUGUGCUGAAGUGAGACUUUGAAGAGUUUGAUUAUGUUUGAGUUCUGUGAAUGUUUCAGAAAAUGCAUCAUUAAUAGUUGUAUGAAGUGCAUUAACGCUGGGAUGGCUGUUGGAAGAAAGACUAGAUUAUGACGAAAAAACCUUUAUUAAAGGUUCAGUGUGUAGGAUUUGGGGGGAUAUAUUGGCACAAGUGAAAUAUUUUAUAAUAAGUAUGUUUUCUUUAGCGUAUAAUCACUAGAGCUUAGAUCGACCCCACCCGAGCCUGUGCAUGUUCUGUCCGAGCCUGGCCCGUCCCUUUCACUGUAAUUAUGAGCCCGAGCCCGGUUUCAACCUGACAUUUUUUUAAGGAUACGAGCGUGGACAUUGAAGGCUGACUCUCGUCUUUCUUUCCAUGGCAAGCCUUUGUCAUGUGCCUCUUAAAGGGAAAUUUCGGUUUAUUUCAACCUGUCUCCUAGCCCAGCUGGAUACUAACGUUACUCCAGGUGGAGGUGUCUCGUCCUGGGUCACAUCCAUACCUUGAAAAUAAGGCUGCAACCGGUCCCAUUCCUUGAAACAGAGGCAUUCCUCACAGGUACACCACCAAUCUCCAGAGCUAAGCAGCCUUGCAGCAGCCAUUCGUCCUCUACCUGUUGCGCCUCUCUCUCUCUCCCUCCUCCUCCGUUCUUCAAUUUCACAAAGCUCUUAGUCAGUGUUCCAGCUGUUGCUGCUUGUUCAGGCAUGCUAUGAGAUCGCUGCUUGUUCUCGCGAUAUAAACAAACAUGGCAGCACACCGGUAAGGUAAGACAACACGUUUACAUGUCGUUUUCUAUAUGUUCUCUGACAUUUAUCCUAACAAUAUGAGGCGGUCUUUGUGGAAAAAAAAAGCUUGUUUAGUGGACUAACUUUGUACUUAAAGGUAUGCCCGUUCACUUACGUUUUAACAGGUCUGACGCUACUAAUGCGCCCCGGCUGUAUCUAGGCUAACGGCUAACAUGCUAACUAUUAUUUUUCGUCACUAGUCACUUGAAACAAAUUUAGGACGAUAGGAGACAGGUUGAAAUAAACCGAAAUUUCCCUUUAAGUGUCAAGGUCCCCGUCUUUUUGCUGUCAUAUACCAGCAUCGCGCUG